UGGCCCCGCUGCUGCGCGCAGGUCCCGCCUCCCCUCGUUGUGGUGGAAGGCGCCAUUGAGGAUAGCCGGAGCUGCCGCCGGGCUGCCGCGGCCGUCAGCCGUUCGGGGGAGCAGGGCUUGCCGCCGCCGCCAUGGACUACGGGGAAGCUGAAGACAGAGAUUGGAGAUUCCCAGAUACCCCCAUGCAUUGUGGUGUGAACAUGCCCAGUGGGUCAGUCUCAGACAUGGACCGUGAUUAUGGGCAUGGAGGCUAUGGUGGCCCACGAUCCAUGGACUCUUACCUUAACCAAUCCUAUGGGAUGGAGAGUCAUGGAGGUGGAGGAGGUGGUGGUGGUGGUAACAGGUUUGGACCUUAUGAGUCUUACGACUCCGGGUCUUCUCUGGGUGGGCGAGAUCUGUACAGAUCUGGCUAUGGUUAUAAUGAACCCGAACAAAGCCGCUUCGGAGGUAGUUAUGGUGGUCGAUUUGACAACUCCUACCGGAAUAGCCUUGACUCUUUCGGAGGUAGAAACCAGGGCGGGUCUAGCUGGGAAGCACCUUACUCCCGUUCAAAAUUGAGGCCUGGGUUUAUGGAGGACAGAGGAAGAGAGAGUUACUCUUCCUACAGCAGUUUUUCUUCACCCCAUAUGAAGCCUGCACCUGUAGGCUCUCGGGGGAGAGGAACGCCUGCUUAUCCUGAAAGUGGAUUUGGAAGCAGAAACUAUGAUGCUUUUGGAGGACCAUCAACAGGCAGAGGCCGAGGCCGAGGACAUAUGGGAGACUUUGGAGGAAUGCACAGACCUGGAAUUGUUGUUGACUAUCAUAACAAACCCAGCCCUGCAGCAGUUGCUGCAAGAGGAAUAAAAAGAAAGAUGAUACCACAGCCAUAUAACAAACCUGGCGGUGCGUUUAUCAAGAAACCCAAAAUGACAAAACCUAUUUUGAAGCUGAGCCAGAAAAAAUCUCCUAACAUGAAGACAUCUUUCCAGGAUUCUACUAUAGAGGAAAUUGAAGUGGACACAAGUGGUGCAGUGGUUAUAUAUGAAGACUUUACAAGAGAUGCUUAUGAUCUUGGAUAUCAGACCUUUGGAGAUGGUAAAGGAGAAGUUAAAAGUGAGGAAGAAGAAAAGCGGCGAAUUGAGGCCAGAAGAGAGAAGCAAAGGCGUAGAAGGGAAAAAAACAGUGAAAAAUAUGGUGACGGAUACAGAAUGGCGUUUACAUGCUCAUUCUGCAAAUUUCGAACAUUUGAAGAAAAAGAAAUUGAGGCGCAUCUGGAGAGUGCAGCUCACCAGGAAACAUUGGAUCAUAUCCAGAAGCAAACCAAAUUUGACAAAGUAGUGAUGGAAUUUCUUCAUGAGUGUAUGGUGAAUAAAUUCAAGAAGACAGCUAUGCGUAAGCAACAGACAAGUAACCAAACAGAAAAUGCUCAAGCUGCUGAAAAAGAUAUAAUGGAAGGGGUUACUGCUGAUGACCACAUGAUGAAAGUUGAGACUGUUCACUGCAGUGCUUGUAGCGUGUACGUUCCAGCAUUACACAGUUCUGUUCAGCAGCACUUAAAAUCUCCUGAUCACACAAAAGGAAAACAAGCUUACAGAGAACAAAUAAAAAGGGAGAGUGUUCUGACUGCCACCAGUAUCUUGAAUAAUCCUAUAGUCAAGGCACGAUACGAGCUGUAUGUGAAGGGUGAAAAUCCAUUUGAAAUUAACGAUCAGGCUCAGGAGCAGCAGACGGAAGAAGAGGACAAAGCUGAUGAGCCAGCUGAGGGGGAGGAAGAAGAGGAGGAAGAGGAGGAGGAAGAAACUGAAGAACAAACUGACUUCACUUUAGACCACACUGAAGAUAACUAAGUGCAAGAAAAUGAAAAUAUAUUGGGGGGGAAAAACAGCUUUUUAUUUCUGCUCUAAAGUGGCUAAGACUCUUUAAUAGUCUCCAAUGAAGUUGUUGAAGAUUCCCCACCGUAUGCAUGCAUUCCAUUCCGUGGAGAACUUGUUUAUAUAAUUCCUCUGUGUUCCCGAUUUUGUUUAAAAUGAAAUUAAGACUAUUUUAGUUGAGCUUUUUAUAGCAAACUGACUGUUAAAGCUGAUUAAAACAUUGUGUUGUAUAUUUUUUUAAGCAUCCUAUUUUUUUGAUGUGUGUAUUGAAAGUUGGAUAUAAUAAUAAUUCUGGUCUAAUCAGUUGAAAAGAAAGGCGGGUCUGUGGGGUAAAUAUAUUAAAUGCUGUAUGGCAUAAGCUUAUCAUAUUUACCUCUUAGUACAGAAUGAGUAACUUCAAAAAUUGUGCUGUUGAGUGUGGCUGUUUUGGGGACUGCAUUGCACUCUGUAUAAUAGAGUAUGUGUUAUAAUAUGCCUUGUAGCUUUUUGUGAUAAGAUGUACCAGUUUGUAGCAAUAAAACACUUAAGAAAUGUUGCUGUUUAAAGUGUCCAGAGUUAAGUAUUUCAAGUAUUUCCCCUAGCUGACUACCACGUUGGUUUCAGGUCAAAUUGUGAUUGAUACUAUGAUUGAAAUUAUCUAAAAUUUGUAGUUGCAUCUUAGUGACUCAUGUUAUUUAUUGCUGAUUUUUGAUGUAUUAAGACUCCACCUACCAGAAGAGAUAAACAUUUUAGCCUUCAUAGUGUGCCAUGGGGAAGCAUGCUUUCGGUAUACUUACAUGCUGUGCGCUGUUGUCUAUCUUAGAAAUUAUAUGUAAGUAUGUUUGUUUUUUUUUUUUCCCACAGCUCCUUCUAAUCUAGUUUUGUGUAAUCAGUACUGGAAAGGUCUGAUUUAACAUGUAUAAAUACAGUUAAGUAAUUUGCAUCAUUUUUCCCUAAAUGUGGUAACUUAACAUAAGUAACCGUACAAUCUCUUGUGAUCAUCAUGGGAAAUUUUUUUCAAAAUCUCAUCACAUCUGUAAUUUGUGCACCUUUCUUUUGGAGAACCUUUGUGUUAAUUUGUAGCCAUUGCUGUAUACAGGUGGUGUAAGCAGAGAGUGGACAGAGGUUAGAUAGAAUUAAAAUACUUCUAACCUCAGAUGCGGACCAAUUUGCUUUUUCAACGAUCUUUUCUAGAAUUGGGGAAAAUGUGCAAGUAUUAUGGGGGAAUACUUGAUUUAGAUAUUAGGCCACCAGAAAGUUUUGUAGCAGUCAACUCCAAGGAAUGCUGUGUAUUGUAGUCACUUAACUGUUGCCUUUUAGUGUAGAAAAUGUAACAUUGUGAGGAAAGAGAGAGGAAACUGAGUUUGGUGCCUUGACCUCUUGCUCUCUAUAUGGCUUAUAUUUUUCCAUUUAAAAAAAAUCACCAUGAAGUAGCCUUGAUUGUUGUAGCUGUAAGUGGAUUAGCUUGGAAUUAAAAGUUAGCAUGGGUUGGUUGAAAGAUGUGUGAAGCCUGCAGCUGUUGAACAGUAUCUCUUUUGUAUAUGUAAGCAUAAAAUAACAAAGUACUUCCUAGAUCUCCAAAUACUCAUUCUCCUGUUCUCCGUCUUACGGUUAG